UCACCAGGUGGCCAGGGAAAGCUCCUCUGAGAAGGGGACAGUGGAGCUGACAUGUCAAUGACAGGAGAGAGCCAUGCGUGCAAAGAGCUGCAGGGGAGGGGUUCCAGGCGGACAGAGCCACUAGACCAUCCUUGCAAGGCCAGCACCCCAGCACACCAGGCAGGUCGUCACACACAGGGUGUACCCCCCAACCUGAGUCUAAUAGGGCCUGAGCCCUGCCUUGGGCUGGGAUCUCCCCAAAGGCAGUCUUUCUUGUUCCUCCCUCUGGGUGUCCCCAGCCUUAACACAGGGCCCUAACCAAGCUGGGGUGUCAGUAUGGGAGCGGCCAGUUAGAGGGGAGCCACGAGAAGGCAAAAGUUGCCCCUUCCCUCUUGGCCGGCUCAAACUGUUCUCCAGCCUGCCCUAGCUCCCAGGGUGUGGCCUUGACUCCUGGUUUCUUGUCCCAGACCCCGACUCCUCUCUUGGAGGCUCCUUUUGGGCUGGAGAGAGGCUCAGGCUGCCGCUGCCGCUUCCUGGGUUCUGGGUACUUCUCCUCUUCCCUGGUCCCUCCAGGAAGAUUAUCAGGGUGGAAAGGGGGACGCCCUGAGGCAAGAGUGUGAGAAUGUCAGUGCCCAUGCUGGAGUCACUCCCAUGGAGGUGGCAUGGAGCGGUCGUCAGCAGCAUUUUUACCCACCCCUGGGACGUGGAGGGCAGGACGGGCUGGCUGGCAUCUUACUGUUUACACCCUUCCUCUGGUUUGGAGCCAGGCAGCCCCCCCCCCGCCCCCCCUUAUCACAGAACCAGGAGGGCCAGAGCCGCCACUCCUGGCAACGCCAGGUCAAGGUGAUCACGUGUGCCCUCUGGGUAAAGCAGAGCACCUGGGCUGACAGGGUCAGCAGCGUGUUCAAGGUCACACAGCAAACUGGUGGGGCGGGCACCUCCCGCAGAGCCACCGCCAGGCUGGGGGAGGACCUGCUCUCUCUCCCCCGUUUCACCUGCCACUUGGAGCCGUCAAUGAGUAACUUGGACAUUUCUCAGGCUUCCUGAGGAAGGGUUCCCUCGACGGUCUAAGCUGUUCCUACAUCUCCCCAGGCCUUGGGGGAUUGCCCCCCGCCCCCGCUUUAACUGGUCUGAAUUAACCUCUGAGUUCGAGAUCAGGGGAGGGAACGUCAAUAACACGAUGCUGGCUUUAGCCUGGAAUGGGAGUCCAAAAACUGGAUCCUGACUCUCUUCCCCUGUCUGGGCCUGGCUUCUGAUCUAUACAGUGAGGGGUAGGAUUCUUAGGUCCUUGCUGCCACUCCAGCAGUUCCCGCACCAGCCUCCCAGGGUCACCCCAGAGGGCGCUGCAGUGGGAACAGAGAAUCCAGGAGCCGGCACCCAUCUCUGCUGAGCGGACUUCCCUGGGCCUGGCUGCUGGCAGGGAGGGGGGUGAGCACCGAGGAGGGGGACUGCCAAUGGCCAGGGCCAAAUCCCAGCGAGUGAGCCAAGGACUGUAGCAUCACACUGACUCCGCACGGCAGCCUCAGGAGACAGAGCUUACUGGCCCCAUUUUAUCAUGGAGAAAACCGAGGCUCUAAGGAGCGAUGUGUCAGUGCCUCGUCCGGAGCCGCCUGCUGGGAAGUGACAGAGCCUGGCCCAGUCGUUAUGGGCCCUCUUCACCUCAUCCCUGGCCAUCUCCCUGGUGUUUGCCAUCAUCCCCUUCUGUCGAGAUGUGAAGGUGCUGGCCUCUGUCAUGGCACUGGCGGGCCUAGCCAUGGGCUGCAUCGACACCGUGGCCAACAUGCAGCUGGUGAGGGUCUACCAGAAGGACUCGGCCAUCUUCCUCCAGGUUCUCCAUUUCUUUGUGGGCUUUGGCGCCCUGCUGAGCCCCCUCAUUGCCGACCCCUUCCUGUCUGAGGCCAACUGCUUGCCCGCCAACGGCACGGCCAAUGCCACCUCUGGAAGCCACCUGUUCCACGCCUCCAGGGUCCUAGGCCAGCACCACACCGAGGCGUGGCGUUGGUCCAACCACUCGCUCUCCCGGCUGCCUGCGCAGGACCGGGCAGGGACCCGCGUGUCGUAUGCCUUCUGGAUCAUGGCCCUGAUCAAUCUCCCGGUGCCCAUGGCUGUGCUGUUUCUGCUAUCCAAAGAGCGGCUGCUGGCCUGCUGCCCUCAGAGGAGGCCCCUGCUCCUGUCCGCAGAUGAGCUGGCCCUGGAGACACAGCCUCCCGAGAAGGAAGACACCUCCUCACUGCCCCCAAAGUUUCAACCACACCCAGGGCACGAGGACCUGUUCGGCUGCUGGCAGAGGAAGAACUUCAAAGGAGCCCCUUACUCCUUCUUCGCCAUCCACAUCACAGCCGCCCUGGUCCUGUUCAUGACCGACGGGAUGACGGGGGAGUACUCAGCCUUUGUAUACAGCUAUGCAGUGGAGAAGCCGCUGUCUGUGGGGCACAAGGUGGCUGGUUACCUCCCCAGCCUCUUCUGGGGCUUCAUCACCCUGGGUCGGCUCAUCUCCAUUCCCAUCUCCUCCAAAGUGAAGCCAGCCACCAUGGUGUUCGUCAAUGUGGUGGGCGUGGUGGUGACGUUCCUCGUGCUUCUCGUUUUCUCCUACAACGUCGUCUUCCUGUUCGUGGGGACAGCCAGCCUGGGCCUGUUCCUCAGUAGCACCUUCCCCAGCAUGCUGGCCUACACUGAGGACAUUCUGCAGUACAAAGGCUGUGCGACCACGGUGCUGGUGACAGGGGCAGGAAUUGGCGAGAUGGUUCUCCAGAUGCUGGUUGGUUCGGAUGCACUCUGGACUCUCAUCAGUUCCUACCCAGGACAAAGCACUGGGAAUGGAAAGCCCAGAGUGCUACCAGAGGUAAAACUGGGGGAAGGGGGCAGGCGAAGACGGCCGGCCUCUCGAGCACCAGCACAGACCAAAGUGUUUAAGAAAUUGGGGGUCGCCCUGGAGGCGAUCUCUCCACGCCUUGGCUCGGAUCUUUUCCACAAAUACUUGGUUAGGUAGAAGAAAUUGAAUGGACUGGGAAAAUCAUUAGCAGUUUACUGGAUGGAUAUUCAAGUUACCUUCCUCUCCCCCGGUUCGGACCUUUGGUAAGAGGUGUCCAGGAUACCCCGAUGGGAAGGAAGAAGACGGCCAUAUGCUUCACUCCAUUGGCCACCGACCACCUCCUGCAUGGACCAUCCCCUGGGUUUGAAUAUCACUUUUCGUUGAAGUUUGAAAGAACAGGUUGAAAUUGUAAAGUUCGAUGAUCACUGCUUGCUGUAGAUAUAUUUGAAAUCAGUCAAAACAAACCCCAAGUUAGUUCCCGGCAUGCUCAAAUGAUUUAUGUGCUUUUUACUUUUUGGUAAGCCACGGUCCCUCAAAUUCCCGUUGCUGAUAUCCGUAGUUCGUUUAAAAUCUAAAACAUCGAAAGGAAAAGUCGAAUCUUGCUAUCUUUGGGACACUAAUUCAGUGGUAUGCUGGGCUGGCUCGUACUAGCUGAUAAAAGCUGGUCGUUAACAUUUCCUUUUGAGAGCUAGUUGUUAAAACUCGGCCAGUAUUAAACAUGAGAUUUUAUAGAAAGUUAACAAUUCCGUUAAAGACAAGCGAAAGAACCACUCAAAACUCAUCACUUCCUUGAAGGUAUCUAAGCGUAUUGUACCUGUACAGGGGAAGUAGGAUACGGAGGUGUGGCUCUGUCCAUCUCUUCCCAGAUGCGCUUUCAGUGGUAACGUGUCUGGUGGCCCGAGAUCAGCCACGUGGGAGGAUUCACCCCAUAGAAACUGGCAGAGGCUACACAUCCUCCCCUUUCUCUUCCCCCCGGAGAGCCAGUUGUUAAACAUCUACCUGCAAGUACCCCACUGCUAACGAUCAGUGCUAACGGGCUCAGAAGCCGUCUGGGAGAAUGGGAUGAAGGUUCCGGUUUUCUUUUACUUGACCGCGCUUACGCGAAGUGUAGGCACAGCACUAAGGAAUUCUCAAAAAUACCUGAUUUAAACUUUACAUCUUUUGUCAAGGAAAACAGCUCUUUGUACCACGUCAGGUGGGUUUCCUUAACAAAAAGCUGGGACUGCCGAGCGAUGCGGGGGGAGCAGCACACCGAAAGCAGUGUGGAGGAGGGGGCUCUCCCGACCGAGCAGAUCCCCUAGUAACCGAGAGGGCACAGAGCCUGCCACUUGGAAAGGGUGAGACCACGGAGGCGUCUGUAAGUAGUAAAAUGGCCGUGACGGUGACUGUACGUGCGCUUACCUGCAGCUUCUCUGCGUUAUGUACAAACGUGCAUGCGUGGCUAUAAAAAGGGGAUCGAGGUUCUCUGUAGCCUGAGCCGCAGGCCCCACACUGAGCAGCGUACCCCAGAUCGGUGGCCUUGUCAUGUCAGCCGGCUGCGUCUGCCAGCAUAUCCUGUGUGGUGACGGGGCCCUGGCUGGAGAGCGGGCGCUGGCCUUGCUCUCUAGCUGUGCGGCCCUGGGCGGGUCCCUCACUGAUGGUCUUCCAGCCUUGCUUGUUCUUGUUAAAUCAAAGUGACAUUUCUAAAAGAACUUACCCUACCUCAAAGGAAUUCUGAGAGAAUGAAGUGGCUUUGUUUAAAGCAAUUAUUGUAUGCCUGACCUAGAAACUGCUUCAUAAAUGCUAGCAAUUUUUAAAACCUCUUCAUAAGCAGAUUCGAAAUUGUUCGUAUGUUUGGUACAUAAUUAUUGUUAAGUCAAACAGAUCUAAAUUUUUUUGAAGGCUGAUGGUCUAAGGGUGUAGUUUUAACUAUGCCUGUAAAUACUUAAAAAUAGCUGAUGGCUGCCGGACUUCAAUGUGCAAUCUAACUGGAGUGACUGACCUGGACAAAAAGAAAGUAGCUGUAUUUUUCUCGUGGUUUUUCAAAACAAACAAACAAACAAACAAACAAAAAAAACCCGCAUCCUUUUUAUACAGAUUUACAAAGGAUCAAUGGCUUUAUCUAAGAUGAUCAUGAUUAAUUUGAGAAUAUAGAAAACGAGAUUGAAGCAAAUCUAAGUGUAUCUUUCCUGAAAUAAAAUAUUUUAAAUUUAACAAGUGUGUUAUCCAUUAUGGACGAUCGAGCCUUUUAUAUGCAGCUCAGAAACAAAUGACCAAAUAUUUUCCAAAGAGAGGUCUCUCUCAAACUGUAGGUUCACAUGGCUGAUAUUUUAGAAGAAACAAAACUGUUAGACUGAGAAUCACUAUUUCCCUCGUUCGUAUAAUCAGAAUAAGGGAAGGCAGAGGUUUUGAAACCCCACUUCAAAAUCAGUUCCAGAGCAAGUGGGGCUUUUUACCUGAUCUCCUUUGAAGAGUGUGACAUUUCAGAGUGCAGCGGGAUCACCCUGUUCCCAGAUGUCCGUCUGCUGCUUGGAGGCAGGAAUCUAACCCAUCUGUACGCCAGAUUCACUGAAGGAAGACAGACUGACUGAGCGGUCUUUUAGAGGAUUGAUUCAUUUAUUCGUUUUUAAAAGAUUUAGGGGGUGCCCGGCUGGCUUAGUCGGGAAGCACAUGUGACUCUUAAUCUCCGGGUUGUAAGUUUGAGCCCCACGCUGGGUGCAGAGAUUAAGAAUAAAAUCUUUAGCAAAAAAAAAAAAAAAAAAAAAGAUUUAUUGAGCCACCUGUUAUGUCCAAGGCACUGAUUAGGUGCAGAGAAUCGGCAGAGAAUGAGAUAGAAGCAUCUGCCUCAGAUUACACUGCAGUUGAAGACAGAAAGACAGGAAAAGGAUGACGCCGCGAGAUGAAGGAUACUUGAGUGCCACAGAGGAACAUAAAGCAGGGGAGUGGGAAGAGGGAUUGGCAGCAGAUGCUCCUGGAAGCCUUCGUAAGGAGGUGCCAUCUGUGCUGGCACCAGAUGAUGGGCGGGAGCAGUGACCCCAAGUCCCAGGGACGGCUCGUAGGAGGCAGGGGAAGGGGUGAGUGCACAGGCAUCGGCCAGCAUUCAUGUCUGUCCCUGAGAGGCAGCAAGCUGGCCAGUGAGGCUUAAAUGCAGUGAGCAAGGUGGUGACAGGAGCAGGAAGCAGGCGGGAGUGGCAGCGAGGGGCCAGGUCCUACUUGCCAUGGCGGGAGCACGGAUUCUGUUGUUUUUAUGUGAAAUCGUUGGGAGUUGCGAGCAGGCAGGGCAUGUGGUCUCAUUUACACUUCUAAAAGUAAUACUCUGCUUGUUGUGAGGAGAAGAAACUGGGGGGCAGGAAUGAAACCGGGACACUGGCGAGGGCACCACUGCCUAAACUACGCAAGAGACGUUGGUGGCUUGGACAAUGAUGGUAGCAUCCGAAGUAGUGAAUGUGAUUGGAUUCAAGCUCUAUUUCGAAAGUCGAAUGGAUAGAAUUCGCUACUCGAGUGGGUACGGGUGUGAGAAAAACAGGAAUCUAGGAUGACCCCAAGGCAUUGACUUGAGUUACUGGCUAGAUGACGAGGCCAGUGAACACUGGAGGAUGAAGGAGGUGCUCCACAAUUGUCUUGCACAUGUUCAUUUUAUGAUGGUAUCUCGGAUGUGAAGAAGGCUAGUAAGUAUAAAUGCACAGAGCUUCAACGUCAAGCCCAAAGAUAUAAAUUUCAUGGUCACAUACCUAUAGAGCUUAAAGCUGUGGGACUGAAGACGACCACCUAGAGAGAGGACAUAUGACUAGAAGGUUGAGCCCUGGGGUUCUUCAACAGUCGUUUAAAAAAUAUGUAUAUGGUCCAGCAGAGCAAAUGAGAGAAGCCACGGAAGGAGGAGGAAGUUCAGGAGAGACUGUGGUUUCCUGGAAGGCACAAUGAAGAGUAAGUAUCUCAAGGAGGAGGAAGUAACCAAUGCUGCCAUGAAUUCUGAUGAGGACUGAACAUCGACCACUGGACUGGGCAACAUGGAAGGUGGCCUUGACAAGAGUGGGGUUUCUGUCAAUGAUGCUUUGAAAAGCACAUGGGAAUCAUAACAUCGACUGUGACGUUCCAACAACCUCCUCGACACCAACGCUUUCCGUCUGGCAGAAAUGAUCUUUCCUGUUUGAUUUUUCAUCACACACUGUCCUCUUAAAGUUAUCCCGAAGGAAGUCACCUUCAUGAACUCCAGUUACAGGGCUUAUUCCUCUUUUUUUUUUUUUUUUUAAGUUUUAUUUAAUCUCUGCACCCAAAGUGGGGCUUGAACUCACAAUCCCAAGAUCAAGGGUCACGCUCCUCUGACUGAGUCAGCCAGGCACCCACAGGGCAUAUUCCGGUAAGUGCAGUGCUUUAUAGUGACAAACCAGUGUGAGAGCUUUUUUUUUUUUUUUAAAUUUAUUUUUGAGAGAGAGAGAGAGAGAAUGAGAACGAGCAGGGGAGGGACAGAGAGAGAGGGAGACAGAGGAUCCAAAAUGGGCUCCAUCCUGACAGCAGAGAGCCUGACGUGGGGCUCAAACUCACAAACUGAGAUCAUGUCCUGAGCCAAAGGCAGAUGCUUAACCGACUGAGCCACCCAGGUGCCCCAAAAGCUUACAACUGUUAAUGAUUAUCUCCAACCUGGUAAUACAAGCUCUGGGAAAUUACUCAAUGUUAGGGCAUUAGUUUGUCAUCAGAUGCAUCUAUAAAACACAGAAAGUGAUUGCAAAAUGGACAUUAUGCCUCUCAAGAGAAUGUGUCAACAGCCAGAAAGGUUAGAAAAUGGUGGAUCGAACAGGCUUUUUUACUGAAGGAUUUCUUAGAGAUUUAAUAUUCUAAUAUGCAUCUUGAAUCUCCAAGAGGUGGUGACCCCAUUUCCCAAACGUAUUCGACCUCCUGGGACUACGGUUUUAGGUAAUAUUACUUUGACGACAGCAGUUUAGGAGGAUCCGGCUGUCGUCCUAAAUGGUUACUACCCAAACACGCUGAACAUGGUUUACCCACCAUCUGAAGUGAAGCUUCAUUGCCCCCCACGGAACUCUUACUCCAUCUCAUUAUCUCCGCCUGGAGACAAGAGACAGCCCUCUGUGACGUAAUUUGUGCCAUCUAGUAACCCCACUUUCCCCCAUGUGUAUUAUAUCAACUCAGCUCGGAAAGGGCCCAAUUUCAUUAACUUAAAGAACUCAAGUCUCCAGUGUCUUAUGUCAAGAAACAAUGCCUAGAGCAGAAACAAGCAAAAUAUGGUGCUCACAAGGGCUAGAAUGAAAGAAUCUAAGUUUCUUAAAGUUAAAAAAAAAAAACAAACAAACAGAAGUGAAAUUUUCACACGGGGAGUAGUUUUUCUAGCCCGUCAGUUCUCAAUUCCUUUUUAUGGCAACAAUCAUUUUACAAUCUCCCGUUUCCAGCACCUAUAUCCCAACUCAGGCUUUAAAUAUUUUAUUUUUUUUAUUUUUAUUUUUUAAAAUUUUUUUAAUGUUUAUUUCUGAGACAGAGAGAGACAGAGCAUGAGCAGGGGAGGGGCAGAGAGAGAGGGAGACACAGAAUCAGAAGCAGGCUCCAGGCUCUGAGCUGUCAGCACAGAGCCCGAAGUGGGGCUCGAACUCACAAACUGUGAGACCAUGACCUGAGCUGAAGUCGGUCGCUCAACCGACUGAGCCACCCAGGCGCCCCAGGCUUUAAAUAUUUUAAUGUAGCUACACGUCAAAUAGUUGAUGGCCAGGUUUUAAUAACCACUGGGAAACCGAACUUUUUUCUAACCCACAUUUAGCACGGAUGAAAACAGAAUCCAGAGACUAUCUCAAUGGGUGUGACAGGAAUAAUCAAUUCAGAGGAUCAUUUUGUUAAAAAUAUUUAUUUAAAAAAAUACAAUUGUCGUCCGUAUCUAGUUGCACAUAUAUCUAUUAACAUAUCUAUGUAGUUUCAGACUUCAGUAAAUUUGCUACGGUGCUUUCUUAAAGCUAGCUUGCCAUUAUACAAAGCAAAUUUCUCUGUCAGUUCCUGCAUAAAAAUAGUUGUUUUUAACAUAUCAUCUUUCUAAAAAGACACAUAUCACCAUUACAGAAUGUAACAAAACUUUUGCAUAAAACUUGAAGUGAGAGAGAAAAAGCGAUCACCUGAUUGGUUAUCAGAGCAACCCCUUGCUAUGUCUGGAGAUGCACUGAGUAUCAACGGUCCUUUUCUCUUUUCAAAGCAGCAUAUCGUAAAGCCCUCAAAGUGCUAGCGCAUCCUCUUCCUCACCUACCUACGCUCUGUGUGAAGGUUCUUUGCCACAAGAAUUAGAAUCCGAGACUCUGGCUCCCAUCAUUCUAAUCAACCUUAAAACAACACCCCUUUGUUUCCCAACAGGCUAAGUCCCACUGCUGAGCUAGAAGACAAGGCAGCUUCUCUCCAGCUGCCCCAACAACCAGUACAAUUUCAAUAAAUGUUAGCAGUUACCAUCAUUUUCGUUGCUGUUGUAGGAAAAAGAAGAAAAAAGCAAUGUUAAUACUUUGAAGAUCUCCCUAACGUAAAUCAUACUGAAAUUAUAACAAGUCACUAGUGCUGCUCUAACCGUCAUUCAUUCCUUUGGGUAGGUGUGCACCUGCAUCACAUAGAAACGGUCCAUUUAUACAGAAGCGGUGGAGAUUAGGUAUCGUGAGCGAUAGAUUUCAAUAAACAAGGGGGAAACAAACAGUGACAGAACUGUCUUCUCAGCCAAGUGGAUCUGGGUUGGAGGGAAACACCCCAACAAGUUCUGAUGACCACACAGCCCGAAUUAAGACAUUGAUGUAAAAAACAAAACAAAAACAACAACAAAAAAAACUUCUCUCCGGUGUUAACGCCACAGCAGACAUGUUUUUCCUCUGCAUUAUACACUGGGUGGAUGAAAAUCAAACGUUCACUAUCUAAUAACAUUCCAUUGUCAAGUGACGUCCACACCUGAAGAUCCAGUUAGGACUCAUAGAAAAUUCUUAGUUUGUUCUUCAAAAUGCAAAGUUACACACUUUUUUAAAAAACCAACUUGAUUAUCUGGCCAAAAAACGGGUAUAAUUGUAAAAAACUAGUUUCGGGUCAAAAAUUGUAUUCACCUCAAACCAAAGCUAUCAGUGGCAAAAUGACUGGACUGAGUUUCAUGUUGAAUCUUCCCUACCCACAGAGGUCAGUGAAACUGCAAGAAGGCAAAAGUGCAGAAACCGACAGGACUGUGAUUAGGAAAAUCAAAUGGCCAAACCGAAUAAAUAGGCCAUGAGUGAUCAAAACUUAAUUGUGUUCAUUUCUAUCUUUACAUAUAGGCAUAUUAGUUAAUUUCACUCACAGUGAACAGGGAAGUUGAUAAGAUAUUGCUACUUCUUACAUAAGCACUGACUGCAAUGUAGGCGCUGGUAAAACUGCCCUCAAAAACAAAACCCAUGAAGUGUCUUAGAAGGGACUGUGUCCCCUGCCUAACAGACAAUGAGCAACAACGAUAAAA